UUUUCUCUGGAACUUUUUGAUGGGCCUUAGCUAAAGGGUUCACAAAUGUGAUGUAUUUUCAGCACAUCCAAGUGUUGAGGGUCUUGUGAUCCUUUGUCAUAGGAGAAUCUAUAACAUAAUAACCCACACGGGGAUCUGGUGGGUGUGUGGCUGUGUGUUUGUGGUUCGGGAGUCCUAGGAAUGCUAUCUGGAAGCAGCCCAGCCCUGAUUGAGUGCUGUUCAAGCUCUGCAGAGGCUGCAGUCUGCUGUGUGCACUGUGAAGCAGUGGCACUUGGAAUUGGGUUGUGCAGGCGGUUGUGUCAGUGACUUGCCUUUGGUUUGUGGUGGGGAAGGGCUGAGGGAACCUGCAAGUUCCCUGCCUCUUUUGGAGUGAACUAAUGGGCCACAGGAGCUCUCGGUGGCUAUUGUGGUAUGAAUGUGCCCGUGGUCUGUGGAGAGGGCGGCUGGCUCUGCUGACUCGUGCUGCCUGUGCUGCUUAUUCUCCCUUCUCCGGCAGGGCUCCGUCUUCUUCUACGUGUUAAGCUGCUCGACGAGACCAGCCAGACUCUGGCUCCUGCAUCUAUUCCUCCCUUUCCCUCUCGUCACUCUGUCUCUUCUGCCCAGCCUCACGCCGUGUUUUGGCCCACCUGACCUUUCUGCAGCGCGCUCUGACGGGCUCGUCUCACGCACGUCCGUGGGGCAGCGGCCGAAGGGUCAUGAGAGCAACAGGCGAGGUUGUCUUCCUGCUGUCAGCUCCAAUGUCUGGUCUCUGGCAGAUGGGAGCAGCAGUUACAGGGGAAAUCCUGCUAAUCUCCUGUAACUUGAGCCCAUUACAUGCUCAGUCGCACUGUGGGGCUGGUGCCUUUCCAGCCACAUAUGGACGGACGGCUGAAGGAAUCAAAUGCUUACUGCAGAACGUUUUCAGAGAUUUGCACCGUAGGGAUCAGCAACAAAAAUUAAAAAGAUGCUCUGAGUCAGCUGAAUAUUGGCAGGUUUUAAAGCUUUGUCAAAUUGGAAAAUAUUUUCAUAUGCGUAGCACAACAUAUAAAAACCCUCGAUAUAUUAAAAAACCACCCUCAAAAACAACAUCAAAAAAGCAAAGGGUCAACACUUUGCUAAAUUUCAAGGCUGCCCCAACAUGGGCAGAGGGGCCAGAGUUCCCCAGUGAGUUACAAGGAUGGCAGAGCAACAUGUUUUUGUCUAGGCUAUCUCAGAAAUAGGCAAACUGUGUUUUGGCAGAAAAGUCAGUAAAUCCUGCAGCAGAUGUCCAGCAUGGAAAAUUUUUAACAAGGGCAGCUCAAGUUUGGCAGAGUCAAAAGAAUGUAGAAAAUCCUGAUGAGAUGCAGCAAGCCAUCAUAAUAAUGGGUGGAGUUACCACCCUUGUCCCCAGGGUCUCUUGAACCCACCAGAGUCAACUACUUGGUUUUUUUGAGGAGGGUUGGAUUUUUUGUUUUGGUUUGGUUUUGGUUUUGGUUUUUGUUGUUGUUAUUUUUUUUUUUUUUAAUGUAUGGCAGAAUAGAGAAGAAUGGAGGGGAUGAUUGAACAGAAAGUAAGGGCUGGCUGGCAGGAGCCUUCUUGGCAGGAACACGUUUGAGCCAUGCCUGGAAAGGGAGAGUUUUCACAAAUUGUGUGGGAGAUGGUGGAGCCCAAAGGAGAGUUGCUGCUUGCUAGAUAGAGGAAUAAUGGAUUUUUGGGAAGCUGUGUUUAUAAUAUGCAAAAUAGUCCACAGGAAACAAUGGGGCCUUGGGACAGAGCUGCCAGUGAAUGAGAGCUUUGUUUUCCUCUUGUCUAUUCAUAUUUCUAAACUUUUAGUGGCAUUUUAAACACAUUUUACACAUUUUUUGUAUAAUGGAUUGAAUUGCCUAAACUGCUGCCUAAAGUACUGUUGCACUGCAACCUUAUCCCUUUUUGGAUAAAGACUGACUUUCAGCUUAAACUCCUUUUUGUAUUUUUCUUAAUUGCAACUCUUGUUUAAUAAUCCUUGGCUGCUUUGUUCUCAUGUUUUAAAACUUUAGAAAAAUUUAUAGGAAAACUGGUUGACAGCAGACCUUGUGUAUCAAGCGUGUUGAGCUGCCCACAGCUUGACCUGAAAAUGGCAACUGAUAUUGUAGUCCUUAUGGCAGAACCUUGACACAAAUGAACAACAGUUGCAAGCUAAUUGCAUGAACUUCAGUUUAGAUGCUGCUGAUGGGAUUUGUCUGCCAUGGAUAUGAAUUAAAACACCCUCAUAUAGAUUGUUUCAUUGAGAAGCAUCCCUUACCUGCAGUCCAUAACAACCGGUCUGAAAUAAUCGAAAAGAUGUUGUGGUUGUUUUGCUGUUAAAUGCAGACACUGCACAUAAGAUUAUGCAGUAUUAAAAUGAGAAUAUUACUGCCUGAAUCGGAGUGUGUUUUGGCUGCAUGUUAAAAUAAAAGAGAGAUGGUUUGCUUUAUUAUGGUCUCACCUUUACAAACAAAACAGCACCACUGCAGUUUUGCAGUUUCAGAAAUGUUGUUUGUGCACACGUUUGCAAUUAGCAAAAGCUUUAAAAAUCCUUGUGCAAGAAAUGGUGAGGCUGCUGUUGCAGUGGAGGGAAAGGGAGUUGUUUGCUUUUGCUGCGUAUGUUAUUUCAUGGAGCUUUGCCUCACCAGUAAAACUCCUUCCCUGUGCGAGGGAAAUUCCUGGUUCAUUGGUAUGGAUGCAUUGUUUUUACACAUUAGAAGUGCUGUGUUGCUGUGUCAAUCAUCCCGUUAGGAUCAGUUUAAGAGCAGUAGGGCUGACGAAGCUGGGUGUGAUUGGCUGCCAUAUGCUGGGAGGGCUCUGUGAGAAGGAAGGGCUGCAGUCUUUCAGCAACAGAGUUUAGGCUGUGUCUUUGCUUCAUCAUCUGAGGAAAAAUCCCCAGAUAAGUCACAAGGCUUCCUGAGAAAAAAACCCAAAACAUUACAGGCUGCUCAUCGUUUCGUGUGAGAAUUAGUUACCAUGAUGCGAUGGGAAAGAUAUGGCUGUUUGUUUAUAUCAGAUGUUCCUGUUCACGUUGGGAAUGUGUCGAAUAGACAGGGCUAAACAAGAUCAAUGUGUUUUUUUCAUCAGUUUCUGAGUGGAUGAUAAACACUUUGGGAAGCGUUUUGGGAAGAUCUGGGCACCAUACACUGCUGAACUCAUAAUUAGAGACAAGGUCGGUGACUUAAAAAGUGCCUUUGCCAAGUCACUUUUACGAGUGAGGACUGCUACGUCUGUGUUCUCAAAAUCCCAUCUUUGCCAGCCAGACAUUGCCUUCACUUUACACCUGGCAGAAGAUACCUCAGCUGUCUCCAUUUGCCAAUUAGUUGAUGGGAAACUGAAAGCAGAAAAAGGAUUAUUAUUAUUAUCCCUGGGACAUGAACAAAUGACUGCAUUGCUUUUCUCAUGUAAUCAAUAUCGUCAGAGGACUGCUAUUCUAUCAAGGAGUGCCAUUGCAUUGAUGGACCUUGGCUUAAAACCAGUGCAUCCGUGAUUACAAUCAACAAACCCACGUGUUUUGCAGACAGAAAUGCGACUGAGCAUGUGUUUUCCCAGCCAAAAGUCUACAAGCGGGACUUAAUGAUUGAUGAGUGACUGCUUGCUGAUAAACUUUCUCUGCUUUGUGUGUGUUGGACGCCGUUAAUCGUCCCCCACUGUUUGUUUUUUUAACUUUCUUUUCAAUCAAAAUUGAAGUUAUUUUUUUCUGAUCCCCCCCUUGUCAUUAGUUUUGGAAAUUUCUUCAGCAUAAUUCACCUGACAGCAACUUACAAGUUCAAAAUCAGCUUCUCAUCAUGGCUUUGAAUGUUGCUCCCGUAAGAGACACAAAAUGGCUGACAUUAGAAGUGUGCAGGCAGUUUCAGAGGGGAACUUGUUCACGCUCUGAUGAAGAAUGCAAAUUUGCACAUCCCCCUAAAAGUUGCCAGGUUGAAAAUGGAAGAGUUAUUGCCUGCUUUGAUUCCUUAAAGGGUCGUUGUACAAGGGAGAACUGCAAGUACCUUCAUCCACCAACACAUUUAAAAACUCAACUGGAAAUCAAUGGCAGGAACAACUUAAUCCAACAAAAAACUGCAGCAGCAAUGCUCGCCCAGCAAAUGCAGUUCAUGUUUCCAGGGACACCACUACAGCCAGUGCCCACAUUUCCAGUGGGUCCCACAAUAGGAACGAACACGGCUAUUAGCUUUGCUCCUUACCUAACGCCAGUAACACCAGGAGUUGGCUUAGUCCCGACUGAGAUCCUACCCACGCCGCCUGUCAUUGUUCCUGGAAGUCCACCGGUUUCAGUCCCCAGUUCAACUGCUACCCAGAAACUCCUCAGGACUGAUAAACUGGAGGUGUGCAGGGAGUUCCAGCGGGGGAACUGUGCGCGUGGAGAGACUGAUUGCCGCUUUGCGCAUCCGGCAGACAGCACAAUGAUUGACACUAACGACAACACCGUAACCGUGUGUAUGGAUUACAUAAAAGGUCGUUGCAUGAGGGAGAAAUGCAAGUAUUUUCACCCUCCUGCACAUUUGCAGGCCAAAAUCAAAGCGGCGCAACACCAAGCCAACCAGGCUGCAGUGGCAGCCCAGGCAGCUGCGGCAGCUGCGACUGUGAUGACUCAGUCGACUGCCAAAGCAAUGAAGCGACCUCUCGAAGCAACUGUAGACCUGGCCUUUCCUCCUGGUGUUCUUCACCCUUUACCAAAGAGACAAGCACUUGAAAAAAGCAAUGGUGCCAGUGCCGUUUUCAAUCCCAGUGUCUUGCACUAUCAACAGGCUCUUGCCAAUGCUCAGUUGCAGCAGCAUGCAGCGUUUAUCCCAACAGAUAAUCCUGAAAUAGCCGGCAGGAGCGGAACCGAGUGUCACGAAGCCUCCCUGCGGACGGCCAAGCACGGCUACUGUACAUACUACCCCGUCUCCUCCUCUCUAGAGUUGCCACAAACUGCAUGCUAAGUCAAGAAUUUGUUCUUAUGGACAAAUCAAAAACUCAAAAAAGCUAGUGCUGCUAUGUCAUAUAUGAAUAUUAAAUAUGGUAUGCUUACUAUACUCCAACCUAAAAUAGUUAACUACCUGAUACCAGCUGUGAUGUUUCAAGACAUAAAGGAUAACAUUUAGUUUUAAAGAUUUUCUAAGCAUAGUUUAAUUAUUGCAAAUAUUGUCGUUUCUCCAUAACUACACCUAACGGAAAUGGUCCAGAUCAGUCAGUCUCGUGAGAUUCCAUGUUUGUGAAUCUUUCGAGCUCAGCAAUAAUUGAGUUGCAUUGGCUAAAAACUUUCCCCAGUUGCAGGUUUAAUUUUCACCCAAACUAUGAUUCGGGGUUUUCUUCUCAAUAAAAAAAAAAAAAAUCUUGGUUUUGCUCCCUUGGUGAGUUGACUCCAAGACAGAGGAAGUGAAACACAGCCCGGUGUCCUGCACAUCAUCCUGCCAAUCUGAUAUUUUUAGCCAGAAGUCCAAAGUAAAGCACAAAGUCUUUAGAUGCACAUGGUUGGUGUUUGACUUGUAUGGAGAAGUUGCAUUUGAAUCAUAGCAGAAUAGCAGAAGAAAAUUUUUAAAAUUUUGCACAGUAUGAACUUCAUACCCCUUUCAAUCCCCAAAAGAACAAAGUCUUGAGAAUAUUAUUUUACGACUAUAUUUAUAAUGUUUUUAAAAUAGACUUUGCAGAAGUGCCUAAAUUUUUCACAUCAGACUUGAUGAAAGUGAGCCUGAUGCCAACAGUCAAAUCUCACCGGACGUGAAUAAUCUUUGAAACUCAUAGUCAGGUUACCAAAAAGAUCCAAGCUGUUAAGAAGUAAUUUCUAGAAGUGUAAAAUCAAACAAAACAAGACCAAACUAACGAAAGAAAAGGCAAAAAAGAAGGCUGUAGAUGAAGAGAUUGUAUGAUACUCUAAUUUAAUUAAAAUUCAGUUGAGUCACUGAAACUUCAUAGGUGACUUUAAUCUAGGCUAUUAACUGAACACUAAGAAUGUAGAAUGAGAUUCAGUUUAAUAAAUCAUUACUGUAUUUGCAUUUUUUUAAUUGGAUUAUAAGAUUGUAACCAGAUUAGAGUGGAGAAAAAAUAGUUCUUUUGUUUUCCUUUAAAAACAUAUUUUAUGUCACAAAAGUAUGAAGAUAUCUUUAAUACAAUUAUAUACAUGUUAUAUAUACAUACAUACAUAUAUAUGGAUGAAGCAGAUUUUAAUGUUGUUUACUUUUUUAAAUACUUUGUUGAUUUACAAGGUAAUUAUAUAUGUAUAAUUAAAAUUUCAUUUGUUUGAUUUGAGAUUUGUUUCAAGCACUAUUGUACCAAAUAUUUCAUAUUUCACAUUUUAUAUGUUGCACAUGUAUCACAUAAAUGACAUAGUUUUUAAAUUAUUGUUUAAAAAAACAAGACAGCUGUUAUAAGUGGAUAUUAUGUAUAAUUGUUUGCAGCAUAAGUUUUCUAUGUGGACAUUACUAGUGAUUGCAGUAUUUUAACUUAACCUCUUCAGAUUGAUUGUAAACUAUUUUAAACUUUGGCAGUACUGCCUGUUCUGAACGACUGAAGGCACUAACCAUGUUAUUAUUUGUCUAGGAAAUUAUUUUCCAGGCUAAAUCUUGUUUGUCCGAUGUCUAAUUACUAUCUAUUUAUAUAUAAAGCUGGAGAUUUGAUCAUCCGAAAGAAAGAAAAAAAUUACAAUUCGGUUGUAAAAUUAACAUAGUGCUUGUAACGUUGCGUUAGUUUAAUUUGUGGGAAAAUAAUGUAUCUUAACUUGUUACUUUAGAAGUUAAGGUAUCACCAUUAUAUACUAUUAAAACACUAAUAUUUGUAGACUUUCUCAGUCAUUAUAACUAGGUAGUUGACACUGCAACUUGCCUAUAUCUGUCAAAGUUGUUUUUAUUUUUUUAUAAUAGUUAAUUUAGGCAUUUGGGUAGCUUAUUGUAUAAUACUAAAUGGUAAAUUAUCCAUGUUUAAAUAUUUUAUGUAGAUAACUCUUCAAGACAUCGUUUUGUGUGAACUUUUUAUGUUUCAAAAUUACUGUUAUUCUAUGUUUUUUACAAUUAAUCCAAUAUUACUAUUUUUUGCCCAUGGAUGACGAAGCUUCAGAUACAUCAGGUCUUUCAUUCAGAUAAACUGACAGACAAAAAGAGAAAAUGUAUUUUUAAUAAGAGAUCCACUUUCCGACUUUAUGACUUUGUAAUAUUCCUGAAAACUGUACAAGUACAAACCUAUGCUAACAGUAAGGAGGCAAUUACAGAAAUGUGCAAAUACGUGUACAACAGAUUCUGCAUUUUAUUUAUUUAUAAAGUAAUUUUAUAGACUAUUUCAAAAUUUGGGAAGAUCUAAAACUAUUUUUCUGUAUAAAUAUUAUUUGCCAAAACUUUGUUUAUAUUUUAAAAAAAAGUCUAAUGAAAAUGAUUAAAUUUUAAAUGCUUUGUUUAAUUAAAGUAAUACAACAAGAAAUAUAACCCCCUAAAAGAACCAUGAGAUGGGCCAACACGGAGACAGUGAAUACUGUAGCUGGGACAUGGUUUCAAGCAACUUGAGAUGUCUCAGUGCUUAUUUUCUUCAAAGGAUACAGCACCUCACCAAAAUACCUUUUUGUUUGCCUCUCUCAUCCAGCAUAAUUGACGACACGUACAAUGAAUAUUUCGGUAACAGUUAAAAGAAACCCCUCCAUUCACUCUUUUCCAGCAUAUAUAAUUACUAGUGGUCUGUUAAAUAGCCAUUCGAUUUCUGUUGUGACGUUAAAUUCAUUCACCCAAUGUACAACCACUGAAAUAAAAAGAAGCAUUUUAAAAUGA